CGCAGACAGCGAGCGGGCGGGUUGAGUCUAUAAGGUUCUCAUGUGUUGUUUAAGAGCGCGGCGCUGCUCGAGCGACACUCAUUAAACUCAGUGUUUGAAAGACUGUGAUUCCGCUCCGAGAAAUGGCAGAAACCGCUCCAGCAGCCGCCGCUCCGCCGGCCAAAGCGCCCAAGAAGAAGUCCGCCGCCAAAGCCAAGAAAGCAGGUCCCGGCGUCAGUGAGCUGAUCCUCAAAGCCGUGUCCGCGUCCAAGGAGAGGAGCGGAGUGUCCCUCGCCGCCCUGAAGAAAGCUCUCGCCGCCGGCGGCUACGACGUGGAGAAGAACAACUCCCGCGUCAAGCUCGCCCUCAAGAGCCUGGUGACUAAAGGCGCCCUGCUGCAGGUCAAAGGGACCGGCGCCUCCGGCUCCUUCAAGAUCAGCAAGAAGCAGACCGAGACCAAGAAGAAAGCGGCUCCUAAAGCCAAGAAGCCCGCGGCCAAGAAACCCGCUGCUGCCAAGAAGCCCAAGAGCGCAGCUGCAAAGAAGCCCGCCGCUAAGAAAUCCCCCAAGAAGGCCAAGAAACCCGCCGCCGCUAAGAAGGCCACAAAGAGCCCCAAGAAGGCGACGAAGAGCCCCAAGAAAGCGAAGAAGCCCGCGGCGCCCAAGAAGGCAGCAAAGAGCCCCAAAAAGGCCAAGACCGCCAAACCCAAGACGGCAAAGCCUAAAGCUGUGAAGCCUAAAAAGGCAGCUCCCAAGAAGAAAUAAAUCUCUUCCGUUUUCUUCCCCAACGGCUCUUUUCAGAGCCACCCACAAACUCCGAAGAAAGAGCAAAAGAAAGGCCUGCACUUACACUAUUAGUGGAAGUAAUAAUAAUAAAUAAUGCUUACAG